AACACCAUGGGGACUAGGCCAGGUUGAUGAAAUGCCUCCAUUUUUGCAUAAUUCCAUAGUGACAUCGAUCGCGCACAUAUAUGAAUUAAUUACCUUGGCUGGCCAAGUCUAAAAAGCAAAGUCGUGAAUCAACAUCGCGAUAUCGAGUCGAGUCCGACCCAAAAACAAGCGUACCAUAGAGCUCAGAGCUCAAGGAGGAGCUCGAGCAGCUAGCAGCUAGCAUUUUUCAUCAUAACUACUAUACUGUUGAUUACUCUCCAUUCAUACAGUUUUGCCGUAAAGAUUUCAGCGAAAUCUCAGAAAAUGGACAUGAUGGAAGAAAACAUGAUUAGGCAUGAUGUAGGCCUAAACGUUAGGCCAGAUAAAAAUGACGGUGGAGUUGAAGUUAUUCCAAAUGCUACAUGUAUACCUCCACCAGCCACACAAGAUGCACUGGCCUACCUCAAUUCAAUAACUCAAGAUGAUCUCCAAAGCAUCCUCUUCACCGACGCACUUGUGACGACAUCCGAUACAGGAAAGGAGCUUGGUGAGUUCUCGGUCAGCAUCGAGCUCGCAAGACACAGUGGCCAAGAUUGUUUGCUAAUUCAUGCCAACAGCCACGGGGCACUCGACAAUGUGCCAAUGGGAACCUCAGUCACUGCAUAUGUGUCCAAAAAUCUACAGACGUUAGAGCAACAGCAUCAUGAGUACGUGAAGCUUGAAGACCAUCAUCUCGACAAGAAGACAUUUCUCACACUACAAGAUGGCCACUACAUCGUCAACAAAGUUGUCAUGCAAGGGGAGCAAGUGCAGAGGACAGCUCAGACUUACGGUCUAAAUUCAAUGAAGGGAUUCAUAUCUGAAGGAUCCAAUCUCCUGCUAGAGAGAGUGAUGGCUAAGAAGGGAAUUCCAGACAACAUGUGCUUUCUCUCCUUUGACUCCGAGGCAAAUCUCUGCUGCGCCACUUACAAACAUCUUGAAGAACGCUCUCAGAAGGUUGGAGAUGAGGAGGUAAUAGUGACAGGAAUUGAGAGGACUGUACAGUCAAGCACAGACCUUCCCACUACAUGGCAGACAUACUUCCUACAAGAUGGUCAUUUGGGAAGUCGUGUUCAAGUUGGCUCCCCAGUAACCAUGAGACUGUUGCAGUUACCUGCCAUUAACUUGGAAGAUGAGAAGAGACAGCAGCAUGAUGUAUCCCGCAAACCUCUGAACUGGGAGGAAGACAUGCAGCUGUAUUCAAAGUUUCUUGAUAAGAAGGAGGAACUCAAGGGGGACCAUGCUACCUACAUGAGACACCACCCAGAGCUCAAAGCUCUCCUUGCCGACUUUCUGCAAUUCCUUCUCUUACGCAAACCUGAGGAUGUAGUAGCCUUCGCUGCCGACUACUUUGCCUCCUUUUCACCUACCACCAAGAUUGGUAGCUCCUAUGCAACCUCUAAUGAGCCGAGGUACAUCCCAAGGCCCAAUUCGCCUUUUAAAAAGAGGCAGGAAGAUGCAAAAGGCACAUCCAGCUGAGUUCAGAAAAGCCACCAUAACUUUUGUUUGUAUUUUCAGGGUGAACUACAGUUAACAUACCACAGAUUCUAAAAUGUUCAUGACAGCUGUUACUUAGAUUUUAGUGUCCAAACACUGCAUAAGGACCAAAAUCUAUGUGUCCAUCAUGUGUAAAGCAUAGUGCACACUGAUGUGUACAAAUCAGUUGUUGUAAAGCAGCGUGCAUAUGCCCCAUAUGUCCGUUUUGCGCAUUGGGCCAUCCAUACUGCAUUAUCCAUUAAAGUUGUAUGAACUUAAGGUUGCAAUUAAAAUGGAAGAUGCAUAAAAUAUGUGAAACUAAAAAAAAGGGAUGUAAUGUUGUGGUAAAAAGAUAAGUAUAAAUGAUUGGCUUUACAAGGAGCAGUUUAUAAUCAUCAUCAUCUAGCAGUCGCAAUCAAAAUCCCAUUCACAAUGCCACGCUAGGUGUCUUUAUCCCUCAUUAUGCACAGAAGGUCUUCAAUUUCACAUUGGGGGUCUCUGCCAAUCACAUCAAUGUAGUUGAAAGGUCUUUGUCCUCUUUUAGGGCAUGGAAGUCUCCAACAUAAUACAUCAGAUAUGACCUGGACUAUAGCACGGUAGUAGCCAGCAAAGCGUACUCGUCGUUGAGCAACAAUAGCACCUUGAGUGUCAGUUUUGACGGAUUUGGCGCUAUACAAGAAUUCGUUAUUAUUGUUAUUAUCAUUAUUAAUAGCAGAGAUAGGUAGAAUGUCUCCGUAAAUCUGUUCUUCAGUCUUGUGCUCACACCACGAGAUGUUCUGCACCUCAUUGCCAGAUGUUAUGAAGCUUGGACCCAAGGUACUUGAAGUCACUGACCUCAUUAACUUGUGUUCCGUCGUUGGUGUAUAUUGGGUGGUGGCUCUCAUCCUCAUUGAUGGUCAUGAACUCAAUCUUCUAGUUUAUAUAUGAAUCUUAUUGAAACAAACUAUGUAUAUUCAUACCCUGUGUACUUUAUUGAGAAACUAAAUCUUGUCAACAUUAAUUUCGUAAAAUGUGUGCUUUACACUUGAGCUUUUACGAAAUUACAUACACAUGCUUUUUCUGAUGACGCAUCAUGGAUGUGCAACUGGUAAACGUAUUUCAGGCUAAAUUUUAGCAACAACUUUCAGAAAAUCAAAAGGCUUUAGCUUUGAAUUCAUAGAGCAGAUAACAAAGGUACAAUACAUCAUUUGUAAUUUGAGCAUUAUGUUCGUUUGAAGCUAUGCGAUGUGCACUGAACGACGAAUAAUAGCAACCGGGCACGCUUUGCUGAAUUAAAAAUUGAACUACUAAUGGAAAUUUCCAAUUAUGUUGUCUUUAAACGCAAGACCAUCUUUCAUUGUUUUCUUUAAAAUGACAGUUUGCCAGAGGGAGUUUAGUCCCAUUGUUGUCUUUAAACCAAGUAUGCUUUCAACAAUAAUUACAUCAGUUACUUUUUGAGUAGCUGCAAAUGAUGAACUGUAGCUUUAAGAGUUUGUAAAAACAUUGUGGUGCCAGAUUGUACCCAGCAAGUAAACCAUUGUUCUGGGUCAUUAUUGGCUUGUUUGAGUUUGUUUUGCAAAACUGCAGUUUCUACGAACCAAGAUAAGAAAUUGACCAAGGUUGUCUAUUUUGAGGAAAGCAGUUCCUGGAUGUUACAAUGAAAGGAAAUAGUACUAUCAAAGUGAAAACUCAACAUAGAGUAUAUAAAACAUGUAACGUGCUUCUGAAUGGUAAGGCCAGUCUUGCAAAUGAUGGUCCCAGUAUUGCAGUGCAGCGUAGCCCAGCUGAGCUAGUUGCAUCGACCGUGUAAACAAAUUGACUUAAACCAGCUCUGAUAUUGAUUAAUUAAAGCGUUUGUUUCCAAUAUGCACCACCAAAUAUUUAUUAUGCUGUAUUGAUAUGGUUAUUUGUGAAGAGUAAAACCAAACAGUUGGUUGUUUUUUUUUGGUUGGA